GGGGUCGAACAACAAUCUGAGUGGAACGCCUCGACCGGAAAACGAGUCAACAAACACCGGAAAGACAAGACCAUGGACACAAGUCGCAUUUGCUAAAAACAUUGUUGGGUUAUAUGUUUGAUAAUUCGCUUGAAACGUUGUUAACGGUUAUUUAGACGUUGAAAAAUAGUCACUUAUUCUUACUUGAUUUCUUUGUCUGAAUAAAAAGACAGCCGUUGUAAAGAUGGGAGGAGGUGACCUCAAUUUGAAAAAGAGCUGGCAUCCCCAGACUAUGAAAAACAUAGAACGGGUUUGGAAAGCCGAACAAAAACACGAAGCAGAGAGAAAGAAGAUCGAGGAGCUGCAGAAGGAACUGAAGGAAGAGCGAGCUCGAGAAGAAAUAACGAAAUUCGCUCAGGAGACAGGAGCUCUCAAGAAGAAAGAUGACCGGCUGGACUGGAUGUACCAAGGCCCGGGUGGGCAGGUCUCUCGUGACGAGUACCUGAUGGGCCGCCCCAUCGACAAGCAGAUUACUGAGCAGUAUGAGGAGCAAGAGCAUGGCCCGUCUGCCCAGACCGGCCUCCUGCCCGGCUCCAUAUUCAACCCCUCAACCACUGCCUCCAACCUGGACCUGGCUGCCAAGAUCAGAGAGGACCCCCUGUUCGAAAUCAGGAAACGAGAGGAGGAGAAAAAGAGGGAGGUCUUGACCAACCCUGUGAAAAUGAAGAAAAUCAAAGAAAUGCUGAGACAGAACCUGGAAAAGAAAGACAAGAAGAAGAAGAGGAAGAAGGACAAGAAGGAGAAGAGGGAGAAGAAGGAGAAGAAAGAGAGACGGAAGGAGAAGAAGCACAGGAGGAGCUCAAGCUCUGACGAGGAGGACAAAGAACACAAGUCUUCAAAAGAGGAGUCUUCAGGAACCAAAUCACGCUCCCACCACAUCCCUGGCUAUGGGCUCCUGCAUCCAGCCGGUAGGCAUCACCAGGCCUCUGGUCCUCCCAACCACUCCAGGCACCGUUCCCAGGAGAGGAGUCACUCUCGGUCGCCCCAAAGGACAGACAGGGACAACGGUCACUCCUCCCACAGAGAGGACAAGAAGUUUCAGCGCAAAGCCCCAAGCCCACAGAGGAAUCACCACCACAGACAUCAGAGUAACCACGGCUCUAAGCGCCUCUCUGCAGAAGAACUUGAAAAGAAGAGGCAGCAGAUGAUCGAGUUUGCCAAGCAGAGAGAGGAGGAAAGGGAGAACAACGUCCGCAGUUACAAACAGCAAGACGAACAGGAGAAGGAGAGGGAGCAGUUUGGAAAACAUGGCCGCUCCGCCGGCUUCAUCCACAACAUGAAGCUGGAGAGUGCUGCCACCUCGUCCGUGGAAGACAGAGUGAAGAGGAACAUCCACUCCAUACAGAGGACCACGGCUUCCCUGGAGAAGAACUUCAUGAGGAGAUGAGGACCAGAACAGGAAAGAAAACGGAAUGGGAUAGAAUUUCCGAGAGCGUGGAUACAGAUUUUUCUAGAAAUCGACCACACUGCAAUGUAGAUACCGGUUGUGUGGUUUUAAUGUGAAUACAAGGAGAGUCUGCAGAAAAACCUCAUAUUCACUCUCAGGCCUUCGAUAAAGUAUGUCAGUCAGAAACUGUGUCACUGUCAUGCAAAGGAUCUGUAAUGACCAAAUCACAAAGUCACUGACCACCAGCAAGUUACACUGUUAUUUCCGGCAACUUACAUUAUCUGAUAUUGUUAAGUAUAAUGUUUUCCCACCAAUGUUCGUCUUUUUUUGUCACAAACCCUUUUUUGUAAAUGGUUUUUAAAGGCGUUUCAGUGUAUAAUGCUGUAAAAAGAAAUAUAUAUACCUGAAUAAAACAAGUUCUGAAAUUAA